CGUCAUGUCACGUAACACUUUGCUUUUUGAAACUAAUAAGGAGAAAUACGAGCAGUUUGGAUUUUUACUUUACAAGUCAACAUGGAUCACUCCCUAGAUACCCGGCGAAGAAUAAAACUGGCGAAAAUAAUUAUGUACCUUAUGAAAGAAAAUGACACACAGCGAAUGAAAAAGUUUCUUAGCAGAUAUACCAAAAAACAAAGACAGGAUAUCGUUUCAACAAAACUAAACGGUUCUACUAUUUUGUUUAAUGCUUCCAAUUCAGGAAAUUUCGAACAAGUGUGUUAUUUAAUUCAAGACUGUAAUGCUGAUGUGGAACAGAGAGGAAAAUAUGGCCGGAUAAAAUGUACUCCAUUGUGGAUUGCAAUCCGGCGCAGCCAUUUCUCAAUUGUAAUAAUGCUUGUAGACUAUGGUGCUGAUGUAAACACCCACGCCAAUGGUGGUCGGAGCGCUCUUAGCAUUGGUUGCAAAAAUGUAAAGAUUGCUAAUUUUUUGUUACGUCGAGGUGCUGAUGUUAAUUCGAUCGACGAACUAGAUCGAUCAUGUUUAAUGUAUUCAUCGUACCAUUUGAAUAUGUGCUGCUUGCUUUUAUCGUAUGGUGCUAAUAUAAGUCAGACAGACAUGAGCAGCCGGAGUUCACUUCACUUUGCUGUCAAAAGGGGUCAUUUGAAAAUCGUUGAACUCUUUGUCGUCAACGGUGCUGAUUUACAUCUCGAAGACGUCCAAGGAAACACACCACUACAAUUAGCUUCUUUAAAAUGUCGUAUGGCCAUUACUGAAUAUCUUAUACAGACAAACGAUUACUCACCAGAGCAUGUGGCCUGUGCUUACGAGCUUCUCGGUAGCCAACUUCUGAUUGUAAGACACAACUACCAACGAGCUAUCGAUUUCUGGUCGAAGGCUCUGCAAUUACGCCAGUCUUAUCCGAAUGGCAUUCUAAAAAAAAACAUGCAUCCGGAUCAUGCAAACACGAUGGGCAUUCUUGGAACUGAAUUUGAAACUCUAAGUGAUCUUGUAAAAAUUUCUCAGAGUUUAAAUGAUAUGUGGACACAAUCAUUACUUGUCCAAUUCAGGAUCCUUGGACCUAUGCAUUCUACAACGAUAAACUCGUUCAUUUUAAAAGCGUACGACUUUAUAAACCGACAAGAUAUCAGCUUGGGAGUGAAUUUACUGACUUGUAUAUUUUAUUUUUUCCGAUAUUAUAAUAAUCCUUUUAAAGAGGUCAUUUUCAACGUGAUUGAAACUUUCAGUUCUUUGUUUAAAAUUCGAAACAAAAAAACUCAUGAUGUACAUGUUUCUCAUCUCCUCGCAUUUUUCCGCUGUAUCAUCCAUCAUAUAACCACCCGCGUGGCAGCCUUUCUUCAAAAAAUUAAAAUUAAAUGCAAUAAAUAUAACUCUACAGAUGUUGAACGAUAUCUUGUCGAAACGUUACGAUUCACAGAUUACAUCAUGGAUUUCGAUUUAACGGCAAAUCAGUUGCUGAACUUGAAGAAGUUACUAUACAACCUUAUUAACCAACAACUUCGAGGCAUGGGUCAAACAAAUAUGUUGCAUCUCUCAAUCCGUAUGACUUCUUCGACGCGUCUCCUGGCCAUUCUCAUUGAAUGUGGCGAAAAUGUCGACGCGACUGAUGACAGAGGUAACACGGCUAUACAUUAUGUGAUGGAACAUCACGAUUUCUUUCAGAACAGUCUCCUCAGGUGCUUAAUCAAUUAUGGAUGUCAUGUAGACAUGGUGAACAACGAAGGGCACUGCACGCUAGAGUACUUGCAGCAUUUAUUACCUUAUCCACUUCAGCACAUGAAACUCCAGUGCUUUGCAGCAAGAGUGAUAAGACGAAAUACUAUCCCGUAUCAACAUUAUGUUCCCAGCCACCUGGAAGAGUUCAUCGCUUGUCACGGUUGAUUUAUUAAUUGUAGAAUUAACAACAGCACUAAUACUAAUAUAAUAAUAAUAACAAUAAUAAUAAUAA